UAGAAUACCUUUUUUUUGUUUACUGUAGCUGGAAUGCUAGCUUACUAGAUAAGCUAUGCUCAGUUUUUCUGGAAUGACGGUCAACUUUUGCAUUAUUUUGUUCGAGAAGUGUAUUUAGGUUCACGUUGGAAUAACUCAGUGUAUUUUUUUUCACCUCAGUUUCGCUUGAGGUCAAGAUGAUCGAGGUGGUGGCCUCCAUGGCCCGAGGCCCGGUGUUCCUGGCUGGGGAGCUCAUGGAGUGUCUCAUAACGUUCACCAACCCGAUGUCUCAUCUCUCCACGUCUGCCAGCAGUGAGAUGCUGGCAUGGGCCAGUGCCCAGAUCCACUGUCAGUUUCAUGCCAGUGAGAACAGAGUAGCCUUGCCGGCUCAGGGUAACAAACAGGACGUCCAGGCUGAGAGCGACACGGUGCUCAUUCCAAGCAGAGGUGAACGAGGGCAGUGUGUGCUGGACACACCACCCAAGAUACUAUUCUGCGACCUGCGUCUGGACCCUGGAGAGAGUAAAACUUAUUCGUACAGUGAGGUGGUUCCCAUCGAUGGGCCUCCUAGUUUCCGUGGUCAGGCAGUGAAGUAUGUCUACAAACUGACCAUCGGCUGCCAGAGGGUCAACUCUCCCAUCAAACUACUCCGAGUUCCCUUCAGAGUGCUGGUCCUGCAAGGCAUGCCAGAGCCUCCAUUCCCCCAGGAUGAGGAGGUUUCUCCCUCCAACCCGUUCUUGGAGGAAGAGGAAGCAAGUCGCAGGGAUGCUCGGCCUUUGGAGAGAGCACUGGACAUGCUGAUGGCCACCACAUCAAGACGCUGCCCCCAUAUGUUUAAUAUCACCAAUAUGCGCGGGAAAGUGGCCAAGUUCUGCAUCUUCAAGACUGUUUACAGACUCGGGGAGGACAUCAUCGGCACAUUCAACUUCUCAGAGGGAGACAUUCCCUGCUUACAGUAUUCGGUGAGCCUUCAGAGUGAGGAGGAGAUUCAGGAGCAGUACCAGCGGCGACCCGGACAAGCCGUCAGUGUGACUGGACAUGGACGACACCUGGAGUCCUGCCUCCACACCGCCUCCAGCCACUUCUCUCUCCCCAUCCCCCUCAACGUCACGCCUGGUUUCAGCACAGACAUAGUGACCCUGAGGUGGCGCCUGCACUUUGAGUUUGUCACAGCCCGGGAGCCUAUGGAGCCGCCCACCGUUCUGCAGAACCAGUCAGAGGUCACGGUUUGGGCUGGGGCGGAGCAUGUCGAUGUGGACACCUUUAGUUGGAAUCUGCCAAUCAAAGUCCUGCCCACCAACCCGGCUCUGGCAUCCUAUGUGUCCCAGUUUACAGGGACCAACAGCAUUAAUAUUUGACUGUCAUGUGUGAGGUCGGUUAACAUGAGCUAAUCAGGAAACAAUUUAGUGUUUUUGAGCGUGUCGACAGAUGCUGUGUGUGUGAAUGUGUGUGUGAGUGCGUGACAGUUUUUUCCUUUCCAGAUGAGAAAUGUUAGCACAGAGGUGCACAUUUCGGGAACAGACAAGCUAUUCCAGUGUAUAUGCAGAGCCGGUGGAUGCUAUAUGUAAAGUACAGUUUGCCUUUUGUCUUAUUCAUUUGGCAGUGCAUUAUAACUUUUACAAACAUCUUCCUUUUGGGGAGAUCUUAACUCUGAUUCUUUCAGUAUUUAUUUCUUUUUGACUCCUUUAUUUACUUGCACACUUGUUCUUUCUCAUUUUAUGAAACCACCGUUUCAUAUCCAAGAUCUUUUUUCUGUGUAACUGCUUUUCUUUCAGCUUGAGCAACAGCUGUAUUGAGAUACAAGAACCACAAGAGAAAAUUAAAAGUGUCUUAAAUUUCAGAAAAAA